CUUCAUUUGAAAACAAAAGUCGUCAGCUGACGUAGAAGGAACUGUGUACUCUCCUUUCCCCGUAAUUUACGCAAAAAUGACAAAGGAUAAAGAAAGAGAGGUUUUUGAGAUGAGCACAGAGGAAAAGAGAUUGAGUACUUUCAAGAAAUGGCCGUAUGGAAGUGAUACUAGUAUAAAUAAGGAGAAGAUGGCUGCUGCUGGAUUUUAUUACAUUGGUAACAAAAAGGAGCCUGACCUUGUCCGUUGCUUUGUUUGCUUGAAAGAACUUGAUGGAUGGGAAGUCGAAGAUGACCCCUGGGAGGAGCACAAAAACCAUGCAUCCUAUUGCCAGUUCAUCCAUCUCAACAAGGCAGAGUGUGAGAUUACUUUUGAAGAGAUGCAUGACUUGGAAAUGUACCGACAGAUUAAUAUGGCUACAAAAGUCUUGACAAAGAAAAUAAAAGAAUUUGAAAAACAAGCUGCAAACACGAGAGAAGUUCUCCAAACCCUUGCUUAACAAGAUAGGACUUUUGUUCACUUGUCAGGCUAGGCUAUACCUAUUCAGAUAGCAUUCUUGUCUUGUUUUAUAAAACAAGUAUUUUGCAUCUGCUCUGAAAGUUGUUUAUCUUUUAACAUUUUUCCUACACGACACUUUAUCUACAAAUUUCUGAAAU